UAUGUUGGAACGAGUCACCCUAUCCACCAAAAUGGAAAAGGAAAGAAAAAGAGAACUCUUUUAUUCUCUAUAAAUAGAAACCCAUUGCCAUCCCAACACCACAACUCUUAAACUCUUUUCUAUCAAAGAGAAACACACAGAGAGCCAAAUCAAGCUCAACAACAGGGGCGACUUUGAUCAUUAAGAACACAGUGCAAAAUGGCAAGAAAGUUGAGUACUUUAUUACUUGUUUUUUCUACAAUAUUUGUUUUAUUACAACAUGUUUCAAUCGCACAACAAACUCAUGUUGUUGGUGAUGCUUUGGCUUGGACCGUUCCUAAUGGUGGCGCCUCCGCUUAUUCCUUGUGGGCCGCCCGUAAAACCUUCGCCAUCGGCGACACUCUUGUAUUUAACUUUACAACGGGAUUUCAUAGUGUGGCUGAGGUAUCAAAGGCAGAUUUUGAUUCAUGCAAUACUGCAAGCCCAAUUUCAAUUUCCACUAAUGGGCCAACAAACAUUACAUUGAGAUCUGCUGGAUCACAUUACUACCUUUGUACCUUUCCAAGACAUUGUACCUUGGGCCAAAAAUUGGCUAUCAGUGUCUCCGGCUCCGGCUCUCCCACUCCUCAGCCGACUCCUGCCAGGCCCGUCACUCCUCCCACUGCCACCCCGGCUACGUCUCCUUCAUCAAACCCAUCGAGAGCUCCCGCCCCAUCAGUGUCGGUCGCUCCUGCACCUGGUAGUGUAGCCCAAACUUACAUUGUUGGAGAUAACAUGGGUUGGAAUGUACCUACUGGUGGCCCAGUUUCUUAUCAAAGAUGGACUAAUGGCAAAUCCUUCAAGGUUGGAGAUACUCUUGUUUUCAAUUUUGUCAAUGGGGCACAUAAUGUUGCAACAGUUAGCAAGGCAGCUUAUGACUCAUGUAACACAACUUCUCCAAUAAACACAAUUAGCACUGGUCCAGCUAGAAUUACUCUAACAAAUUCUGGUGAACACUACUACGUGUGCACAUUCCCUAGACAUUGUUCAUUAGGUCAAAAGCUAGCCAUCAAUGUCACCGGCAGCGACUCGGCCUCCCCCACGCCUUCCAUUGCCGCCACCCCAUCGGGCUCCACCGUCCCAUCCGCCCCCUCGGGCGAUUCUCCGGUCACUUCACCACCCGCACCAAGUGCCUCAGUUCCAUCUUUGGCUGUUGCAGCUUUGCCAGUCACUUUCUUGUCAUUUGCCUUACUUAGGUUGUUGAAUUAGAGUGUACUAUAGUGUUGAUUUUAUGUAAUUUUUCUAUUGGUUCUUUUUCUUUUUUUGGUUUAUCUUUUUGUAUGAAUUUGACAUUUUUAUUGUUGCACCAAUAAAGCUGAAUUUUUUGGAUUCUUA